AGAAUUAUAUAUAUACUCCUACAUAAAAUGAAAUUUGUCUCUUCUUCUAUCUCCCAACUAUUAUCUCCUAGCGUUUUAAGAGUGAAUGAAGCUCCAUAUUUUCAUCAUACAACUGUUAUAAUCUAAGUGUUGCUUGUCAAGAACUCUUGUUCUUAUCCUGUGUUCCGUUUAUUUAUUUUUUAUCCAUAUGAACCACGAAGGUCGUAUGCAGUACAAAGAAGAAGAGGGGGAAUUCGAACCUGUGAUUAGGCCAAGACAUCCUUAUAUCUUUCUUCCGUUUAUUAUUGCACAUAAAAAAGCAUGCAUUAAUUAAUUCCGUUCAAAAUAACUCUUUCUUCCCCCAUUCACUCAAAAGGUUGUACUAGGUAAAACUGAAGAUGUGCUAUCAAAAUCUUGUUCUGUUUCUGGUAGUUUUUCUCUCAUUAUCACCAAGAAGUCAGUCAUGGGGUUGGUUCUCGUCUUCAUCAGAUGCUUCUUCGAGUGAAAAACAGUCAGUAAACAUAGAUUUAUCCAAAGGUUUGGUUGCUGAGUUUUCAGUAGAUGCACUUAAUGAUCCAAAAGCAGCUGAACUGCUUGAAAAUGCUAAGAGAAAACUUGGAGGAACAAAUAAAUGUUGGUUUAGGGCAUAUCAAGAUUUAUUUUCGACGUGUUCUGACAUUUUUGCUGCUGAAGAAAAGAGGAAAAGGCUUGCUUGGCAUUUAAGUGAUUGUUUUCAGAAGGAUACAGGAAGAAAUUCAUUUCCUUCUUGUGGAAUUAAAACUGCCAUGCUUGAUUGUUUAAGGAAGUUGAAUAAUGAUGAUCACAAGACUUACCUUGAAUUUUACCUCCAAACAAAUUCUAUCUGUCAUCAGUUACAGUCCAAGGCUUUCAAGUCUCAGUUAGAAGGACUAGUGAAUGAACUGAAAGAUUCAGCACAAUUUGCAGAAAACAAAUUAAAGACCAUUGAAGAGAAAUCUGAUAAUCUUCUACAUAGUUCAAAUGAAAUACAUGAAUCUAUAACAUCCAUCAAUUCACAGACUCAAGUUGUUGGAGAAACUUUGAAGAACAUGUUUGGACAUUUGGGUGCUGUUUUAAAUCACUCAAAAGAGCUUAAUGAGACAGUUCAAGGUAUUGCUAUGUCGCAAGAAGAGUUGGUCGAGGGACAGGGGAGAUUGAGAGAGAAACUGGAAGAAGAUAUGUCGAGAAUUCAAGAAUCAUAUGAUGAUUUAGGCCAAGAAAUACUGAGUUUACAGAAAAAAGCUGUUAAUGUGAAGCAGGAGGUGAACAAAGUUGGAGAACUUAUGUCGUCGCAGAUGCAAAAUCUCCAAGGAAAAACUGAUGAUAUUACUAAUAUGGCCAAACUUUCAGUAGAAAAGCAACAUGAGCUUCUUCAAGGUCAAUCCACGGCUCUUGAGGGUCUUCAGUCUCUGACUACCUUCCUAUCUCAAGCAUUACAGGAGAGCAGGAUUUCUUUGCAACAAUUAGUGGACUUCGCAGAUGGGCAACAUCAAGAACUGUUGAAGCAGCAGCAACAACUUCUGCUAGCUAAUGAUCACUUGGCUAAUAACUCAAAAUCCAUACUAGCAGCUCAGGAAGCAUUUGAGUCAAAACAAGCAAGCAUGUUUGCUGCCAUUGAUAAACUCUUUGCCUUACACAAUGCUAUGUUGCUCGAAUCGAGACUUAUCAAGGCUUUCUUUGUGUAUACCAUCUUAAUACUUGUUCUCUACAUGCUUACAAGCACAAAGCAAACUUAUGCUGUGAGAUGUAGGCUUUAUAUAGGAUUAUGCAUUGCAUUUGCAAUAGAAUGUGCAAUACUGCGUUUUACAAGCAACGAGAUCAAAGAGCACAUCCAUCUAAGAACAGUUGUGAAGCCACUUUUCGGACUCUAUGCUAUCAUUCAACUUUUAUACACUAUUAUUACAUAUAGGGACUAUGAGACACUAAACUAUAAGAUGUUAGUCUCCCUUGUUGAAAAGGUAAGUGGGAUGAAAAAAGGAGAUCAUGAUUUUUCAUGGAAUGAAGAUGAGGAUGUGGACAGUGAAGUUGACUGGCUUUCUUGGGUAGAAGCUGAGUUACCUGAAGACAUAAGUCUUAAGGAAGACCCAGAUUAUCUGCUACCAAUUGCAGCUGAGGACAUGGGAGAGAACUCAGUUGUCACCAGCACAGAAAGAAGAUAUAAUCUACGUUACCGUCGAUAAAAAUUUUGGAUUAAGAUUUUGAUUAAGAACAUUUAAUCAAAACAUAUAUACAUAGAAAAAAUUUGUUACAUUUUAGGAUUAAUGAUAGUAAUACAGUUAUAUAGACAAAAUGAAUAAGUUUUGUUCCUUCCUCUGUGUUAUUUAUGGGCUCAGGUUAAAUGUAUCACUUAUAUUAGUAUAUGCUAAUGUUGGGACACAAGUUUUGAUUAAUAUGUAAUAUACUUUCCUAUAACAAAAACCGCAAAUAGAAACAUGCACCCAAGUACAUGUAGAGGAUGGUACACCCUCCUCUAAACUGCGUCAUUUUACCAUCUUAUUUGAUACAGAAGCGGACAUCUAUCUA